GGAGAGAGCGGACGCCUUCUGGACAGGAGAGGCCCCUUCCCAUCAGUCUCAGCUGUUUCUCGGCCUUCCAGAAAAAUGGAUAGGAGAAAUGACUCCGAUUAUAAGAUGACCCCGUUCCAGGGCCCUCUGCCUCCCCCUGGGAGCCUGGGGCUUCACUUCCCUCCAGAUGUACAGGCUGAGACAACAGAAGAAGACAGUGUCUUGCUGAUGCAUACCCUCUUGUCAUCAACCAAGGACCCCCUGGCUAUGGACCCACCAGUUGCCAACCGGCCUAAGAAAAGCAAGACCAAGAAGGCCCCUAUUAAGGCUGUCACUAAGACAGUACGCGCUGCCCCUCCAGUUCCAUCUGCCAAUGUGAUUACCACCAACAAGCCUAAAAUAACUUUUCCGGCUUUAAACCUUCCAAUCAUCCCCCAGAUCAACCAGGCUUCAGCUACCACUGAGGCAGCCAAUACUCAGGCUUCUUCAUUCACCGCUCAGCCUAAGAAAGCCAACAAGACAAAGAGAGUUACUGCUAAGGCAGCCCAAGGCUCCCAAUUUCCAACUGGCAGUGAGAGUGUUACUACACAGAUCAAGUUACCCUUGCAGGCCCUAAACGUGCCAGUCAUCCCACAGACUAUCCAGGCUCCAGUUGCCACUGAGUCAGCCAAUUCUCAAGCCUUGUUAGCCUCCAUCAAGCCUAAGAAAGCUCCCAAGGCUAAGAAGGCUAACAAUAAGGCCAUAGCUAGUGCCACUGAGAUCUCACUGGCUCCAUCCACCACCUACACAGCUACCACCCAAGGCCAAAUUACCUCCAUCCGAACUAAGAAAGCCUCCAAAGCCAAGAAAGCAACUGUUAAGCGCACAAAUACUGACACUGAACUCCUAGAGGCCCCAGAUGCCACUGAGACAGCUACCAGGCAGAUUGAGGCCUCAGCAGCAGCUAUCUGGCCCAAAAAAUCCAAGGGCAAGAAGGCUGCCUAUAAGGGCCCAAAUUCUGCCUGUGAGAUCUCUGAGGCUCCACCUGCCAGUCAAAUGGUCACAAAACAAGCCCUAGCAGCCACCGUCCGGGUCAAGAGAGGGUACAGGGCUCGGAAGGUUGACACUAAAGCCCGGACAACUGAAAGCCAGACUCAAAUUGACGAAGGGGCCCAGGCCAAGAUGUCUACCCCUCAGAUCAACAUAAGUGUCCUUGAGACUCAGGUUGUUGCUGCUGUCCAGGCCCUGGCAGAUGACUACCUGGCUCAGUUGAGUCUGGAGCCCACAACCAGGACCCGGGGCAAGAGGAACCGAAAGUCCAAGCAUCUGAACGGGGAUGAGAGAGGUGGUGGUAAUUAUAGGUGGAUUCCAUGGGGCCGGAGGCCUCCGCUAUCCCGAGAUGUGGCCAUUUUGCAAGAAAGGGCAAAUAAGUUGGUGAAAUACCUGUUGGUUAAGGACCAGACAAAGAUCCCCAUCAAGCGCUCAGACAUGCUGAAGGAUGUCAUCCAAGAAUAUGAUGAACACUUCCCAGAGAUCAUUGAACGAGCAAGCUAUGCUCUGGAGAAGAUGUUUCGAGUCAAUCUGAAGGAAAUUGAUAAACAAAGUAGCUUGUAUAUUCUCAUCAGCAUUCAGGAAUCCUCUGCAGGCAUCCUGGGAACGACCAAGGACACACCCAAACUAGGUCUUCUCAUGGUGAUUCUGAGUGUCAUUUUUAUGAAUGGCAACAAGGCCAAUGAGGCUGUCAUCUGGGAGGUGCUGCGCAAGUUGGGGCUGCACCCUGGGGUAAGGCAUUCGCUCUUUGGGGAAGUGAGGAAGCUCAUCACAGACGAGUUUGUGAAGCAGAAGUACCUGGAAUACAAGAGGGUCCCCAACAGCAGACCACCUGAAUAUGAGUUCUUCUGGGGCUUGCGCUCCUACCAUGAGACUAGCAAGAUGAAAGUUCUCAAGUUUGCAUGCAAGGUGCAGAAGAAAGACCCCAAGGACUGGGCCGUGCAGUAUCGGGAGGCAGUGGAGAUGGAAGUCCAAGCUGCAGCUGUGGCUGUAGCUGAGGCUGAGGCCAGGGCUGAGGCAAGAGCCCAAAUGGGGAUUGGAGAGGAAGCUGUGGCUGGGCCCUGGAACUGGGAUGACAUGGAUAUCGACUGCCUAACAAGGGAAGAGCUAGGCGAUGAUGCUCAGGCCUGGGGCAGAUUUUCACUUGAAAUUGAGGCCAGAGCCCAAGAAAAUGCAAAUGCCAGCACCAACAUUGACUUCAGCAGAGGAGCUAGCACCAGGGCUAGCUAUAGCGAUGGUGCUAGUAUUAGCUUCAGUGGUGUACCCAGCCCCAGUAAUGGCUUUGGUGGCAGAGCUGGCAUUAGCUUUGGUGGCACAUGCAGCACCAGUGCCAGCUUCAGCAGCGUAGCCAGCAUUUGCUUUGGUGGCACACCCAGCACUUGCUCCACUUUCAGUGGUGGAGCCAGCAUUAGCUUUGGUGGUGCAGCCAGCACCAGCUCUAGUUUCAGCAGUGAAGCCAGCAUUAGCUUUGGUGGCACACCUUGCACCAGUACCAACUUCAGUGGUGGGGUCAGCUCUAGUUUCAGUGGCCCACUCAACACCAGUACAAGUUUCAGUGGUGGAGCCAGCUCUGGUUUUGGAGGCAUACUCAGUACCCCUGCUGGCUUCAGUGAUGCACUCAGUAUGAGCACCAGCUUUGGCAGUACACUCGGCACCAGUGCAGUCUUUAGUGGUGCACUUAGCACCAGCACUGGCUUUGGUGGCACACUCAGCACUAGUGUCUACUUUGGUGGCUCUCCCAGUUCCAGUGCCAGUUUUGGUGGCACACUCAGUACCAGUAUCUGCUUUGGUGGCUUUCCUAGCACCAGCACUGGUUUUGAUGGUGUACUCAGUACCAGUGUCUCCUUUGGUAGCUCUUUCAGCAAUAGCACUGACUUUGGUGGUACACUAAGCACGAGCUUCUGCUUUGGUGAUUCUCCCAGCACUAGUGCCAGCUUUGGUGGUACACUCAGCACCAGUCUUGGCUUAGGUGGUGCACUCAACACCAGUGCUGGUUUUAGCAGUGCUGUCAGCAUUAGCACUGGCUUCAGCAGUGCACCCAGCACCAACUCUGGCUUUGGCAGUGUGUUCAGCACCAGUACUGACUUCAGUGGGGCACCUAACACCACUACUGACCUUGGCAGUGCUCCCAGCACCAGCAUUGGCUUUGGUGGAGCCCCCAGCACCAGCUUCUGCUUUGGCAGUGUGUCUAACACCAACCUAUGCUUUGGUGGCCCUCCUAGUACCAGCACCUGCUUUAGUGGUCCUACCAGUGCCAAUUUUGGUGAUGGACUCAGCACCAGUGCUGGUUUCAGCUUUUGUGAUGGGUUAAGCACCAGCACUGGAUUUGGUGGUGGACUGAGCACCAACUCUGGCUUUGGUGGUGGACUGAUCUCCAGUGAUAUCUUUGGUGGUGGGCUGGGCACCAAUGCUGGUUUUGGCAGCACACUUGGCACCAGUGCUGACUUUAGUAGUGGCCUCAGCAUCAGUGAUGGCUUUGGCGGUGGGCCUAAUACCAGCUUCGACGGAAGACUGAGCACCAUCAUUGGCUUUGGCAGUGGUUCUAACACCAGCACUGGCUUUACUGGUGAACCCUGCACCAGCACCGGCUUUAUUGGUGGACCCACUUCUAUUGUUGGCUUUGGCAGUGGACUGAGCACCGAUACUGACUUCAACGGUGGACCAAGCAGUAGUGUUGGCUAUGGCGGUGGACCGAGCAAUGCUGCUGGCUUUGGUGGUGGAGCCACCAGCCUUGGUGCCUGUAGCUUCUCCUAUGGCUAGUGAGGUUUCAGAUUUAUUUCGCAUGUUUACAGAUACCGCUAAUGAAUUGCAGCAGUCCUUCCCAUGGAGCCAAGGUACAUCCUUGGAAUCUUUGUCCACACAGCAAUCUAAGCAGAUAUACCAAUCAGCUGAGGGUGACAUGCUAUGAAAAAAUCUGUUUGCCAAUCCUGCUUUGUUGUUUGCUUUCUGUGUCCUGUCAUAUUUGA